AUGGGUGACCAGAUUGAAUCCUCUAAACCAAAGCGAGUCCUCUGUAGCUAUGGUAUUGAUUUGGAUGCCGUUAGCCUCUGGGCUAACACUGGUGAUGGUACAACUGCCAACCCAACUGACAUUUCUCGCGGAAUCUACGGCGCUACCGUCGGGGUGGAUCGCCUCUUAUCCUUCCUCGACAGACACCAUAUCAAAGCUACUUGGUUCGUUCCGGCACAUUCUUUGCAGUCUUUCCCAAAACAGGUAACAAAAAUACAAGAUGAUGGGCAUGAGAUUGGGGCCCACGGCUACACCCACGAACAUAUGAGCGCCUUGAAUAAAACGCAAGAAGAGGAAAUUAUCUCCCAGUCACUCGAAAUCCUCACUUCGUUUCUCGGCAAACGACCCAAAGGCUGGACCGCACCGGCUUGGACACCGUCAUCUCACAGCAUCUCCUUGCUUGAAAAGUACGGUUUCGAAUAUGAUCACUCAUUUAUGCACCACGAUUCGCAAAUGUACUAUCUACCGUACGUGCCAUCCUUCAAGCCAACAGACGUUCGCCAGUCUCCCUCGUCUUGGAUGCAGCCCAUGAGCGCAUUGCAUGUAUCCAGCAUUGUCGAGAUCCCGGCAAACUGGCAUUUGGAUGAUUGGCCUGUUUUUAAUGUUGGGAAUGGCGGAAAUGGGUUUGUAGAUCCAGAUGUAGUCUUCAGGCUCUGGACUGAGCAGUUUGAUUUCUACUAUAAAGAGUAUGAUUCAUUUGUCUUUCCGAUGACCAUUCAUCCGCAGGUAAGUGGAAAGGCCCAGGUGCUGAAAAUGCAUGAGAGGAUUGUUCAUUAUAUCAAUUCACAUGAAGGGGUGGAAUGGAUGACGAUGGAUAAAAUGGUUGAGGAGUACAAGUCAGGCCAAUUUCCAGGUUACGUGGUAGAGGGAGGUGUAGACUUAUAG